AUGAGUAAAGAAGCGAAGACAAAUGUUCCAGAGUCUUUUCUGAAGAAACAGAAGAGAGCAGAAGAAUGGGCUCUGGCUAAAACUCAAGAAUUUGAAGCCGCCAAGAAGAAAAGAGCUGAGAACCGUAAGCUGAUCUACAGCAGAGCUAAGCAGUAUUCCCAGGAGUACGAGGAACAGGAAAAGGAGUUGAUUAGUUUGAAGCGCGAGGCGAAGCUUAAAGGUGGAUUUUAUGUUGAUCCAGAGGCUAAGCUCUUGUUCAUUAUUCGUAUUCGUGGUAUUAAUGCCAUGGACCCAAAAACAAGGAAGAUCUUGCAACUAUUUCGUUUGCGUCAGGUUUUUAAUGGUGUUUUCCUGAAAGUUAACAAGGCAACAUUGAACAUGUUGCACAGGGUUGAGCCAUAUGUUACUUACGGGUACCCUAAUUUGAAAAGUGUUAGGGAACUCAUUUACAAGAGAGGUUAUGGAAAGCUAGACAGGCAGAGAACUCCUCUCACUGACAACUCAAUCAUUGAGCAGGGACUGGGAAAGCAUGGAAUCAUAUGCAUUGAAGAUCUUAUCCAUGAGAUCUUGACUGUUGGACCUCAUUUCAAGGAGGCAAACAACUUCCUUUGGCCAUUCAAGCUCAAGGCUCCUUUGGGUGGCUUAAAGAAGAAGAGAAACCACUAUGUUGAGGGUGGUGAUGCUGGAAACCGUGAGAAUUACAUCAAUGAGCUCAUCAGGAGAAUGAAUUAG